GCAACAUAUCUCAUACGAAUCGUUAAUGUGAAGGAGUUGCUCUUUCUUGCCGAUUAGACUGUAACGACGUCUUCUCGCAAUCGAUUUUAGAAGGGGAGACGAUAUCCCCUUUGCAACGCACUUUGAGAAGGCGAAUAAAUUCAGACAAGGCUGACCGGCGGCAACGGAGUAGAGAAAACAAUGAGUUUGAAUAGGUGGAGAAAACCGUCGAUGGAGAACUUUUAGUUUCUCAAAAGUUAUCAAAGAAAGUUGAAAUAAUUGAUGGGAAGGGAUGUACUUUUUAUAGAUAAUAGCUAAGAUUUUUAUUUAUUUAUUUUUUUCGCUUCAAGUUUCACCUGUUGUAGGAAGGGGUAGCACAGUAUAAUUAUAUAAAUCUAAAGCCGUAUAUAGGAAUGUUAGGUAAAUUAGUUAUGCAGUAAAUUAUAGAUUUUUUUACGGUCAUAGAGCCCAAAUUUUCAGAAAACAAAGACCGAAAGAAACUCUUGAAAAAAAUUAAAAUCAUUUACACGCUAACUAGAUGAUUUAAGUUAACUAAAAUGGGCUUAGUAAGUAGCAAAUAAAUGGGCAAUAGGCCCAUUAGUAGCAGACGCGCUUAUUCUAAAGAGGGGGAAGCCCAAGAAAAAGCACCACUUUUUGCAUCUUCCCGCUAAUUCGAUCACCCAUUUAUCGCUCUCACUCUCGUUUGCUUCUCUCAGGAUCAUAACAAUGGCGGACGAGGAAGUCAUCAGCAUGAUGCUAAGCUCGAUCACUAUCGGAGAUGGUGACGAUCAAGAUUCUUCGUCUUUUGCGAAGAUACUAAACGGUCUCGGAGAUGGUGAUGAAUCUUCGUCUUCUAAGAUAACGAGCUUGACUGAUCAUGGAGAUACUUCUGAACCAUCGUCUUUCAAGAUAACAAGCUUGAUUGAUCAUGUUGAUACUUCUGAAUCAUCAUCGCCUCUCAAGAUGCCAAGCUGCUUUACUGAACAUGGAGAUGCUUCUGAACCUUUGCCUUUGAAGAAGUGGCCAAGCGAGCCUGAGUCUUACUCUCCAAAGAUGCUAAGCUUUACUGAACAUGGAGAUGCUUCUGACCCUUUGCCUUCGAAGAAGUGGCCAAGAUUGAUGGAUCGCAAGGAGCCUGAGUUUGUGUCUCCAAAGAUGCCAAGCUGCUUUACUGAACAUGGAGAUGCUUCUGAACCUUUGCCUUCGAAGAAGUGGCUAAGCGAGACUGAGUCUGACUCUCCAAAGAGCUCAUCAACAUCUGGCUCAGGGAGUGGUUCAGAUUCAGGUUCUGGGUCUGGGUCUGGUUCAGGUUCAGGGUCUUCUACGAGCUCUGUGGAGUCAACCUGUUCAUCGUUCUGUGUGAUGCUUCAGAUGAUUACGCUAAACUCUAUCAAUCAGGGAAGAUCAGCUCCUCCUGCAGCAAACCUCGUCGAAGAAUCAGAUCCGAACACAAUACUUCUCAACACUCCAAUGACGUUUCUCAUGGAAUCCUUCAAUUCGGGGUGGAACGAAAGUGUUGACAGUCUUUCCAUUUUGCCGGCUACCAAAGAAGACUUGUUUGCCAUAUGCAGCGUCUUGCUUCCUGCGGCCUAUACGACGGGUCUUUGGUUCGACUCAUUUGACAAUUCUCCCAAACGUCUGCCUGGUUUGGUUUGCCUCGAACUGUAUCUUGCAUGGAAGGCCGCUGGAUUCAAGGCUGGAAGUUACGUGUUAAGAAAGUAUGGUUAUGAGAAGCAUUUAGAGAUGGAGGAUUUCAGCGACUUCUUUACUUGGGGCAGCUUUUGAUUCCUGACCUACUUUUAACUCGGUUAGUUCAUUUGUCAAUUUUAAACCACGGUCGUAGGGAAUUGUCAUUGUAAACCACGGUUCUUUGUUCAUGAUUUUAAACCACGGUUGGUUCAUUUGUCAAUUUUAAACCAUGGUUGUAGGGAAUUGUCAUUUUAAACCACGGUUCUUUGUUCAUGAUUUUAAACCACGGUUGUAGGGAAUUGUCAUUUUAAACCACGGUUCUUUGUUCAUGAUUUUAAACCACGGUUUUACAGAAUUCCAAUAAAUCAUGAUUGCAAUUAUUAGGUUUCCCAUAUUUUUUUUUAUACAAAAGUUUGAACAGUGAUUUUGUUUAUUUAUGUUUUUUUCUUUCUCUUAAUACUUCUAUUUUCAUAUAUUUUAGCAUCACAUGAAAAAAUUCAAACCAUUCAAAUAUUUUAUGAAAUAUACUGUAAUUCAUUUAACAUAAUCUUUCCAAUUUUUUAUUUUAGUAAAAAGGAUAAUUCCAAACUAUGAUUUAGGGUUGAGUUUAAAGGCUUAGGGUUUAAAGAUUAAGACUUGGAUUUGAAGUUUAGGAUUUAAUGUUUCUGGUUUAGUUGUUUGAAAUAGUAAAAACAAAAAGACAUGUUUUUCAAAUUGACUCAUAUACGCUUUUUAUUAUGAUGUUGUCUAAUUCUCAUCACAUCUUAGCUCUUAGGCGAUUGAUGAUAGUAGUAAUCAUCAAAAUGGUUCAAAAACAAAAGGUAUAAGGUUAGAUGAAUUUAUGCAAACCAUCUUACAAUUCAGUCUUGCUAGAAAAAUAUAAGAAUCCAUUUGCUUUGUGAUAAUUUGAUAUAUAGUAAAAAUAUAAUAUGUGAAAGUAUUAUUAAAAUUAAGUUUUUUUUUUAAUUCUGUGGAGGGUAGAAUAAAAAUCAAAUGUAUGAUGUUUUUAUAAUAGGUAUUGCAGAUGAUUAAAUUAUAAAAUAUACACAACCAUAUGAUCUUGUAAAGAUUUGGUGAAGUUAGUUAACAAGUAAACUCUGAAUGUUAACAUGUUCAACUGGUUUAAAGAAGUAUUGUGAUAGAGCCAACGUUUGAAAGAGGUCUAUUUUAGAUAGAUAUACAAUGAACUCAAACAAAACCGCGCGUCCUUGCAACAAAAGAAAGCCUGUAAUAGGCGGUGGUGAGAAUACCAACGUUCUUCGUGUAUGGACACUACCCGAUAAGAAGCUAUACCAUCUGUGUGCCCAUGCUUCUUAGCUAGUAAACUCACUGCUUAUAGUCCUCUACAUAUAUUUAUAGUACGAGAAG